UACCUAAACUUCUUUGGCUUACUUCCCCAUCAAAAGUGUGCUGCAAAAAUCUCCACUCUCACUCAGCAUCACCACCAGCAGCCAGAGUGUGUGUGUGUUGUGCACAGGCAGAGCUCCAGAGGUUAGAGUGUGAUGAUAGCCUGUUUGAUAGCAGGAGUUCCACACUAAUUCCCGUGCAGCUCGUACCAGCUCAGUUCAGCCUGUUCCCAAUCCACAUCCUCUGUUUUGUCCCAGAACAUCUGCUGCUAUGAGUGUCUUCUCCUCCCUCACCUCCUCCUCGUCUUGCCCCGAAUUGUACCACUUACCCAGUUACCCCGGCAACGCCACCAUAUCAAACGCCACCACCGUAGCCAACGAGAUCAACCAUGUGAUCCUGAGGCAUUAUAACCACACCGGCCGCCUGCAGAACAGGACUAUCGCAAGCCCACAUAACCACAUCAGUGCCUCCAUGGCCGUCUUCCUCUUCGUCAGUAUUUUCAUCAUCCUGGAGAACCUCCUGGUGCUGGUGGCCGUCAUCACCCGCAUCCGCCACAGCCGGCGCUGGGUUUACGUCUGCAUUGCCAACAUCACACUCAGUGACCUCCUCACCGGCACUGCCUACCUGGUCAACAUCUGUAUGUCCGGCAGCCAGACGUUCCGCCUCACCCCGGCUCUGUGGCUCUUCAGGGAAGGGAUGCUGUUUGUGGCCCUGGCUGCAUCCAUAUUCAGCCUGUUGCUGAUCGCCGUGGAGCGUUACACCACCAUGAUGAAGCCGCUGCCUCAAAAGUCAGCGAGGAAGACCUACUAUAGGAUCUACGGCCUGGUGGCUCUCUGCUGGAUUUUGGCAAUGGUGAUUGGCUUUCUCCCCUUGAUGGGCUGGAACUGUGUGUGCGGCCUGGACGGAUGCUCCACCCUCCUCCCUCUCUACUCCAAGAGCUACAUCUUUUUCUCUCUCAUCAUCUUCUUCCUCAUCCUCCUGGCUAUCGGCGUGCUCUACAGUGCCAUCUACUGCCACGUACACAAGAGUGCACAGCUGGGCCCCCAGCGCAGUCGCAAACGCUCUUUGGAUCUGCUUAAAACUGUGAUCACCAUAGUUGGGGUCUUCCUGCUGUGCUGGGGGCCACUGUUCCUGCUGUUGCUGGCGGAUUUCUUCUGCGUCUCCCGCCAGUGUGCGCUGCUGUUCAGCGCUGACUUUUGCAUCUCCCUGGCUGUCCUCAACUCCGGCCUGAACCCCAUCAUCUACGCCCUGGGCAGCGGUGAUAUGAGGAAGGCUAUCGCUGAGCUGCUGUGCUGCUGCUGUCUGAAGGCCGGCCUGUGUCGCCCAGACACAUUCAUAUCUAAGGAGACCAGCAGCACCUCGGAGAGCAGGAGGGACAGUUUGAGGAACAGUUUUAACAAGAUCAGGAAUCUGAGCGUGGCCUCCCCGCCCUCAACUCCAAACAAGCCUCGCAGGGCACCCAAAAAGUACAGGCUGAGCUCCACCACCAGCUGCCUGUCAGUUUCAAGCGGUUAAACCACAAUGUGCUCCCCUCCCAAGUAAACAAGACUUGUGUGCACUGAUACACAUCUAACCGUUUCCUCUGAGUUUUGGUUUGACUGUUCAGCGCUUUGCCUGGAGGCACUUGCACUGAUGAUGAUAACAGAAUUUGACAUAACCUGUUGAAAAUAUGAACUGAUCCUCGCAAUGAUAAGCAUUUUAUUUUUGCUCAUAUUUGUGAGUCAUUUGACACACUUUAUUGAUCUGUAGUUGCACUGUAUCGGGCAUCAGAGCUGGAAAGACACCACAGACACCAGACACCACAACUCUGGUACGCUGUAAAUACAGAGAGCUUUGAAUUCCUCAUUACUGUGCUUAUAAGAGUAAUGAAUCAUACAUGAUGUUCUAAAUGCAAAGCUUUUUAUACCCCAAAUAACUCAUUUGAGGAGGAAGUGAUGAAAUUUAUGUUGGAUUUUCUUUAUUAUUAAGAGUUAGCAUGGAAAUGUAAAAUGUGUAUGUAUAAACUUGUAUUGCAUUGCAUUGUGUUGUAACAUUUUGUGUAAGAUGGAUGUUUUACUUUGUGAUGAAAAUAUAAA